CUCCAUCAUCUGUUCCUCCUUCUAUGCACUGUCCUUGGCUGCGACAGUAUACGCAUCACCGCUCUCUACUUUUUCCCAGCAUCCUCCUUCCUCUCGCUCCCCGCUAAGUCUUGCCCCACUCAUUGACGAGUUUCAUGUCCACGGAUCUAUCAAUGACUCGUACAUUGUCAUGCUCAAGGAUAACACCGACUCGUCGAUGAUGGAGAGUCACCUCAACUUCCUCCAGAUGACCCACGAAUCAGACCCUCUCGUUUCCCAGUUCUCUGGCAUUCAACAAGUGUACGACGGCCAUAUCAAGGGAUACGCAGGGAAAUUCUCGCAGAAUGUCAUUGAACAACUGCGGACGGCACCUGAAGUUGAAUUCAUCGAGAAGGACCAGAUAGUAAGGACGAUGGAGAUCGAAACAGUCGAUGUCUCCGCUGUUCAGAGGGGCGCACCUUGGGGUCUCGCUCGUAUCAGUCACCGCCCGAAGCUCACUUUCGGUACCUUCACGAGAUACGAAUAUGAUGCUGAUGGCGGUGAUGGCGUCGACGUCUACAUCAUCGACACUGGUAUCAACAUUAAUCACAUUGAACUCAAAGGCCGUGCUACGUGGGGUAAGACUGUCCCCACGAAUGAUGUCGACGAGGAUGGUAACGGUCAUGGUUCUCACUGCGCGGGUACCGUUGCUGGAACUACGUAUGGCGUUGCCAAGAAAGCCAACGUCAUCGCCGUCAAGGUCUUGGGUUCGAAUGGUAGUGGGUCCAUGGCUGAUGUUGUCGGUGGUGUUUCAUGGGCAGCCACUGAAGCUAAGAAGAAGGCCGAUGCCGCCAAAGCUGAAUAUCAGGCAACUGGCAAGACCGCUCACAAGGGUUCAGUCGCUAAUAUGAGUCUUGGCGGAGGAAAGUCGCCUGCUUUGGAUGCUGCGGUCAACAAGGCUGUCGAUGCUGGUCUUCACUUUGCUGUGGCUGCCGGAAACGACAACAAGGAUGCUUGCAGCUAUUCACCCGCAUCUGCCGAGAAGGCAGUCACCGUCGGUGCUUCGACUCUCUCCGACGACAGGGCAUACUUCUCCAACCACGGAGAGUGUGUCGACGUCUUCGCUCCUGGUCUCAACAUCAAGUCAAUAUAUAAAGGCUCUGAAUACGCCGUUGCUACCCUUUCCGGCACUUCCAUGGCUUCUCCCCAUGUUGCUGGCCUUCUGGCUUACCUCCUUUCAAUCUACCCCCACAAGACCUUUGACCCUGAACUCCAAUCAGACUUUGUUCUCCUUGACCUCCAAUCUCAGAGCCACUUCUCCUCGUCCGUCUACAGCAUCGCGCGCUCUGCCCUCCCUCGAUGGAUUUCCGCGUUCCUUCCUUCACCCCGGUUCGUUGAAACUAUGACUGCACCCAUACCGAGCUAUCCCGGCACCCUGUCGCCCCUACAGCUGAAGACCGCCCUCCUUGACCUUGCUACGGGGGAUAUGCUCGAAGAUUUGCCGGUGGGAACUCCCAACUUGUUGGUGUUCAACAAUGCGACUGCGUGACACAUUCCUUAUCAUGUCUGAGUGGAGGUGGUGCGGUGGUAUCAUAUAUUUGCUAUCUACCUACUCCUACAAUAGAUACAUAUUGUAUAUACACGACCAUGAUCUCGUCUACUCUCUGUAAUCUAGCUAGUUUUCGGCCAAUUCCUUUUCUAUAGAGGACUUAAGAAAUAGUAGACAUGUUUCGGGGAUAGCUUGUAUCUUGCACUGCUUUUCCUACACUGGACAUGUGGUCGAGUUUUCGACAUGGGGACAGUAAUAACUACAAUUUAACAGUUCAUACCAUGCCAUAUGAUUAUGACUGUACAAAAUCAUAGAAGAAUAACAUUCACACUCGCUCCUGG